AUGGCCGGCUCUUCGCGUCAUGCGCGCACCGCUAGCCCACCACUCACCAGUACAAGUUAUUCGAACGCGUUAACAGCGGUGCAGCAAAAGCUGAACGUUGUAACGCGUCUUGCCAUCGAGGGGAAGUCGAAGAAGGGCUGGGACGGUGCUGCUAUCAAAAUGUACUUAAAGAUAUCACUUCCUUUAGACAACAUCACUCCGGGUGCAACUAUUGCUUUAUUCCCAGAGGAAAACCUCAAAAUUCUUGACUCGCAGGUCCACCCGCUCGACAACGAUUCGUCGCCAUACAACUUCUCGUCAGCUAAUUCCCCACUCCUGCACAAGGCAGCCCGUGCAUUGAACCUACGUCCGCGACUGAAUGCAUCAUACGUCUCUACUAUGGACCCUGUUUCUUCAUCAGUCAACAUUCCUCCCCUCGACGAUAAAUAUACUGGGCACGUUCUUGUCAGCGGAUACCAUGUCUCGUAUGUUCUACCAAAAGAAUUCCCACGUCGAGAGAGCGAAAGUCACAGUCGGCGAGGAACAUCUAUGAUACAUUUCAUGGCAGCCGUUGACAUCUGGGUACCCUUCGUGUCCCGACCACCUCAGGCGCCGUACCUACUGUCUAUUCCCAUCCCUCGCUGUUUGUCCAAUCAAAUCAAGCUCAGUAUUCCCUCCCCUGGUUCUCCAAUAGCAUCUUCAUUGGCAUCGCUUUCGUCAGCAGACGAAGAUGCCGUUUCUUGGGACCUUACAUCCGAGCCCCAUGUCACUCGGGCUCAGACAACCCGUCUCGCACGUUCUUACUCAUAUAAUAAUUUUGCGGAUGACGAAUCAAGUGACGCAUCGACAUCGGCGGGAUUCUCCGAGGGCUAUGGGCUCCGAGGCACUUUUCAGAGCGCAGAUCGUGUCCGCGUCAGAUGGGCGAUGCCUGUCAAACCUGGGGAGGUCCCAGAAGCUGCGGAUGGACGCCAUAAAGUUGGAAUCAAGGAGGUGGAAAGCAACAUGACUUGCACUGUAUUGGAUAAUGCCAAGGGCAAGGAAAUAGAUAAAACUGGUAAAGGUAUAGUGAUGCGACUGAACUAUACUGCAAGUUGCAGAAACGUAUGGUUUCCUGGGGUGGCGACGCUUCUGGGAAUGGAUGUUGGUCUUCAAGCUGAUGACUGCAGCAUCUCUUGGGUACCCGGGAUGGACCCGAAGUGGACCAUAACGGGCGGCACAGGGUUUACUGGUUUCGCCAUUGGAAAGCCUCCGCCCGUUAUUUCUGGCCGAUCUUCUCCGGAGGUUGCGCCAUCCAUAUACAUCCUACCCUCGUCACCGGAUGGUCGAGCUACUAUGAAUGGUCAUUUUCCAUCAAGGACUAGUUCAAAUAGCUCCGUUGGUUCAUCAAAUUCUAUGUCUCUCCUUCGUGCUCCGCUCCCCGCUCAAAGCGUCGCAGACUACUCUUUCGAGGGUUCUCCUGUUACGACACCCACUGGUACAGUGUCGUCUCUUGCCUCUCUCGGACCACCGUCCAGCCCAGAACGUAUGCGUCGGAAGAGGGCAUCUUCUGUUAAAGACCCCCCCGUGGGAACUGAUACGGACGUCGAUGUCGAUGUAGGUGUGCGGCUACCUAAAGUGCCCGUCACUGUACACCUCAAUAUGAACGAGCUUCUCCCCCCAUCGAAGAAUGUCUUUGAAUUUAGUAUAUCUGGAACGGUUCUCGUUACUCCUUCACCUCAACUUCGCCCUUCAUCAGACGGCGAAGUCGAAUCAGGUCCAAUCGCUGUGCCUACCUUCCGUGUGUUAUACACAGACAAGGAAAGCAUUUCAACGUUGAUAAGAAACGAGAGUGAGCGUCAAUCUGUCCAUGUUCACAAUGCGACGAAAGACAAGCGGGAUGGGAAGACUCUGAGGAAUAUACUGACAAAAGGAAAUCAGAUGGCAUGCGGGAAGAACGCGGUGCGGAUUGCGGUUCGACAGCAGCCACUCACCGUUUCUCCACCCAUAAACCGCAACAGGGAGCUGAGCGACGAUAGUGCAGAUAUGUCUCAUAAUCGCACAAGGAUGUCCAAUGGUUUUCGGUCUUUUGCCUCGACAUCUCGAAUGCGGGAGACAUCCAUGAUGUCAUCUGCCAAACUUCAACCGCGGAGGGACGGCGCCCUCAUGAUACCAUCGGUUGUUGUGACAAUUACACAACUGCCAGACACUAGCAACCCGUACAACAAUGGGUACGCUGCCCGGCUGACCCUUCCUGCACCCUCGGAUGCCGACUCGGAAUGGCUCGAGUUCGGGCUCGCACUUCCUAGCCCAGAAGCACCGGUCUCCGACUCUCCCGAGGUCAUGAUCCGCAAAGGUGCGAAUAUUACCAAUGGCCCGCCGCGAGUCAACAUCGCAAGCGCGAGCGUAGAAGGUGUCCCUGUGCGCUUUCAGGCCAAUGCGACGGUGAAGCAAGAUGCUACGCUCGCCGGACUUGAUCUACCAUUCGAAGAAACAAGUGGCAAAGAAUGGAUUACUUGGGUUAGCGUGCACGUCGGGCACAUUGGCGGAGGCAAGGUUGAAAUUGUUUAUAUUGUGGAAGGACCGACCGAGCCUGAAUCGCAAGAAAAGUCCAAGGGGAAGGGCAAACAAAAAGAACGGCAGAACGUGCCGUUCGACGUACUCCUGCCUAGUUUCCCUUUACCUGUGGGUGAGCUUCGAGUCAAUAUAGAACUUGAGAAUGGUUUUGAAAUUUUGACAUUGCAGACAAAUCUGACCUCCCAACGGAACACAUCCCAUGGCCGUAGACUCUUGAGCUACGCUCUUAAAGAGUUCCAUUACCCGCGCCUUGCUAUGUCUAUAUCAUCCGUUUCUCCCCCAAGUGUCUCUCGCCCUCCUCUGAGCCUAAAAAUAUGGAAAGCAGCUCAAAUUGCUGCAAUUCCCAUAUUCGUCUUAAUCAUCUUAUCCUUAUUAACCGAUCUCCGACAUAAGACAGGAGAGUUGCACACAUUGCGAGAAAGUGGCCGCAUCCAUUCGCCUAACACAGAGACAGUAAUCAACAUUCCAGCCACAGUCACUGUGACAAGUACCAUAACCACCGUUGUUCCCCAUAAAUGGUGGCACCCAUCGGGCGCCACGAUGACAAACGAACUACCGACCAUCUCAGCGGUACCGCCCCUGGAAAUUUCUUCCACCCUGCCACCUGCGACCGCAUCCCUUACGACUGCUACGUUCGAUAUGACUGACACGGACUAUCACCUGCCAACGUUCACGCCCUCAGUAUCCGCCCCCGCUCCUCUCAACCCUCCACCCGAACAACAUGCACUGAUGAGGCGCGAUGUCACCCUCUUAUUCCCCUGGACGCUUCAUUUCGAGAUACCAGACAUCAAGUUUCCUAACAUUACUAUACCAGAUGGGGCACGCGAGACCGUCACUUCCGUCCUCCGUCACGUCGACGCCGUGUGGCAAAUAUUCCGAAGAGUGUUGCAUUAUCCUCUAGAUCCUCCAUGA